AUGGAGGACCGGCAAACAUUAUCGAUCUUUCAUGUCCAAACCGCCGAUUCACAGCAAGGUUCCGAUAGAUAAUUUCUCAAAUCGUGAGAACUGCCCGAUAAAUUCAAAAGUUGAAAAAAAAAACUCUUUUUUACUUGUAAGAAGUAAUUAAAGAAAAGCUGGGUUUAAUGAGAAUGAAAAAGCUCCUAACUUUUCGGAAAAGAUGAAAGAAUCCCUCUAAUCAAUGGAGAAUAGUUGGUCUAACAAGAAAUAGGACGCCCGAAAAAGUGCUAAUCAAUCGAUCACUCACGGCAGGAACGCCGAAAGGCAGCAGCAAGUUGGAACUUGCUGUCACCCGCCGUCGGUUACGGUAUCGCCAGAAGACGUGGCUCAACAUUUUGGCAACUGUUGCUCGAUUACACCUACACUCGCGCAGUAAUACAAUAAAUCUGGCUCUUUUGGGCACCGACGCGGAUUUCAACGCCUUCAUAAAUCUUACAACGUCGCGUCUAAUCUCCGGUCGGACGCUUCGACAGAACAGAGCUGUUGCCAAACACUCUUUUGAAGAUCUUUUCUAA